ACAUGAUGAACAGGUCAUAUUCGUUUUCGGAUUCCAGAGAGUAAACAUGUCUGUGUUGACAUUUGACCACCCGUCUAACUUAAAACUUGUGUUAGCUAUUGUGCUGUGUCUUUGCUUGUCUUGCGAUGCACGUUUUAAAGGAUUUCGCAGAUUUGGGGGUCCACCGGAGGAGAGGCAACAAGCAGGGGCGGCUGCUGAGGUACAGGAGUACUGGUUCACCCAGAAACUGGAUCACUUCAACGGCGCUGACACUCGCGUCUGGAAGCAGAGGUACUACAUGAAUGAGAGUUUCUACCGUCCCGGGGGCCCGGUGCUGUUGAUGAUUGGAGGGGAGGGUCCGGCUAAUCCGGCCUGGAUGCAGUACGGCACCUGGCUCACCUACGCCCAGAAGCUGGGGGCCCUCUGCCUACUGCUGGAGCACCGCUUCUAUGGAAAAAGCCAUCCCACAGAGGACCUGAGUCUGGCUAACCUGCGCUACCUCAGCAGUCGUCAGGCGUUGGCUGAUCUUGCUCACUUCCGCUCGGAGAUGACUGAGAAGCGUGGCCUAGCUGGAAAGUGGGCGGUGCUUGGAGGCUCCUACCCCGGCUCGUUGGCCGCCUGGUUCCGACUGAAGUACCCCCACUUGGCAACCGCUGCAGUGGCAACCAGUGCCCCCAUACAUGCCACUGUUAACUUCCCAGAGUACUUGGAGGUGGUGUGGCGGUCGUUGGCGUCCUAUAGUCCACAGUGCCCUCUGCUGGUAAAGAAGGCGUCCGACACCCUCAACCAUAUGCUCAAGAACCCCAAGACAUACAGCAACAUCACUAAGGACUUUCAGUUGUGUUCUCCGCUGCAGAUUUCUUCCCUGAUGGACUCCGCCCACUUCCUGGAGUCUCUGGCGGGAAAUUUCAUGGACGUCGUGCAAUACAACCAGGACAACCGCGCUUUCGAGGGGGUGGUGGGCACCAACAUCACUAUUAAGGUGUUGUGUGACGUGAUGGCGGAUGCGUCGCUGGGCGGUGUGUAUGAUCGCUACGCGGCGGUGGCCAGGCUGGCGUUGAGGACCUUCUCACAGCGCUGCCUCGACCCACAAUACUCCUCAUUCCUACACGACAUCUCAGACACCAGCUGGAAUGGCACCGGACCCACAACAGGGAGGCAGUGGGUGUAUCAGACGUGUACAGAGUUUGGGUUCUACCAGAGUACCGACUCCCCGAACCAACCCUUCACUGGAUUCCCCCUGCCGUACCACCUGCAGCAGUGUAUGGACAUCUUCAACGUGAGUGCGGAGGCGGUGGGUGUGUGUGCGCAGGGCACCAAUGAGUACUACGGCGGCUACGGCAUCAAGGCCUCGCGCAUCGUCUUCCCCAACGGCUCAAUCGACCCCUGGCACGCCCUGGGGGUCACCCAGGACAUCUCAGAAGACAUGCCGGCCGUCUUUAUCGAAGGUACGGCCCACUGUGCCAACAUGUACCCAGCGCGUGCAGAGGAUCUUCCCCAGCUGGCUCUGGCGCGGGACCACGUCUUCCUGCUGCUCCGGCAGUGGCUCAAAGAGUGACGGACAUCUCCACUGGCCAAUGGCAGAGG